UUUACACAGAGAAGAUACUGAGAUUUACUAGCGGCAGCGAUUAUUUCAUUAAGAUAUUUUGCGGUGUCACUUAAGGAAAAUCCAUUAUAAUUUAAAAAAGAAAGUUCCCUAAUAUUAUGUUACAUCCGACGUUGUGUGUCCUGAAUGCAUUUUAGUGGUAUUUUGAGUGUUGUAUUGGUAAAUGGGGUGUUAUGCUCAAGGUGGUUUUGUGUCAUUCUUCUAUACACAAAUGGACGUGUAGUGGAGUGCGUGUUAUAAAAUAGUAAAAGCCGUUACAAGAUGCUAGCCUACACCUUUAAUUAAUAGUAAUCAUUAUUCAAACUGACUGCCAGGGGUGGAGUUUUCUUAAUUUUUUAAAUAAUUGUAGCUUGCGGUUUUUAAUUCGAUUAAAUACACAUGCAAUUUCACUAACCUGUCAUCCGCAACCGAUUCUGAAUCGUUUGUAGCUAAUUGGUAGCGAGUUCGUAGACUGCUCCAUCGUAUGGUUUAUAUGGGUUAGUUAGCUACCGGACAAGGGAUUAUGAGCGUGGAACCAGAUGCUUUAGCCGUGGUAAACCAGCUGAGGGAGCUGGCGGCAGACCCGCUGAACCGGCGGGCGAUAGCGGAGGACCAGGGCUGUCUGCCUGGCCUCAUUCUGUUCCUGGACCACUCCAACCCACAGGUGGUCUAUUCCGCUCUGCAGGCUCUGCGGUAUCUGGCUGAAUGUCGUGCUAGCAGAGAGAAGAUGAGGGAAGAGUUUGGGAUGCUGCUAAGUCUACAGAAUGUAUCUGAGAAGACAACAACACCAGGGGAGAUGCGGAUGUUGGCGUCAGAGGUGUAUGAGCUGUUGAAGAGCAUGGGAGCAGAUAAAGGAGAGGAAGAUAGGGACAUGGAGAGGGAAGGAGAGACUCCCACCUGCAGGCACAAAGCCCAGUUCUUCCUUGGCUCAUCCAACAAGCGUGCUAAAACUGUUGUACUGCACAUUGAUGGCCUCGAUGAUUCGGAGCACAGGUCUCUCUGUGAGGAAGCUCUGCUGAAGAUUCGAGGAGUAAUCAGUUUCACUUUCCAGAUGGCAGUGAAGAGAUGCAUUGUCAGGAUCAGGUCUGACCUUACUGCUGAGACUCUGGGCAGGGCAAUUGCCUCCACGAAGGUGCUUAAGGUUCAGCAGGUGGUGAAAGGGGAGAAUGGUGAUGAGGUUCUGAUUCCAUUUCAAGAGGAACAGGAAGGCGAAGAGAGUUUGGCAGUUUGUAUGAACCUGCCAGAGUACCUGUCGGAAGAUGACAGUCCAAGUGUUGAGAAGGAGAAAGUUCUGAGCCGGGUUGGGUCUGCCAGUGAAGGCAGUGGCUGGCUUGCCUCUGCAGCUAACUUUAUUUCCAGAUCAUUCUACUGGUGAUCAUUUACUGUCCUGAACAUUCCCAGAAUGUCUCCUUUUUAGCCAGAACAUUCCUAUGGUGACCCCUUCUGUCCUGAGCAUUCAGAUAUUGAGAGGAAUACACACACACACGCAUAUGGCCUCAGUUAUUAAAUCUUCUGACAUGAUUUUCUCAUAAUGUAGAACCAAAAUUUAUUUCUGUAAGAAAGAUCCACAUGUUUGUUCUUUUUGUUGUGUUGUGUGUCCUAACAAAUUUUAUUGUAAUGAUCACAAAGUAUGAUCAUCAGAUCUGUUUCUACAUGGAAUCACCCUAGUGCUACAUAAUAUCAGUCAUAUUGUCACCAGCUAGAGGAGAAUGGAUCAAAAAUAUCACUAUCAUUGUGAUAUUUACAGUGUGUUCCAUGUGAAACAUAUCUUGUUGAAGCAAUGAUGUUUUCCCUUGUAAAAAGGAUUAGGUUAAACCAAAACAUUGCUAUGACAACUUCACAGUUAUGAAAAUUCAGGUGUCAUCCAGAACUUUAUUUAAAUUUAGUAACAGUUGUUUUUUUUUUUAUAAAUGAGGGUCCUUGUCUAUAAACAUAAACAUACACAAUCUCUGUUGCCAGGUACUAUACUAACUGCAGUACACACCACUUACUGCCAAACUUGCCAAUUUUGUUGUUGCUCUGUACCUGUAAUAACUGUCCCUUUGGUGAUUUGAUUAAUAUUUUAAGAAAACCA